AUGAAUUCAAUGACUUCAGCAGACCCCAAGGCCAAUACUGUGUUUGUGGCAGCACCGCACAAUGGACAACCUGUGAUCCCUGGAAACAUGUCUCAGGUGCCUCAGUAUCCACUCAACCAGCCCCAAGUCCACAUAAUUUCUGGGAACCCACCUAGUUUGGAGCCGCCUGUAUAUAUGCAAUUUGACCACAGAUCCUUUAAAGAGGGCAAAGUAUUAGGGGCCAUACAGAUACUAAACGGCCUGAUACACAUUGGCCUGGGCACCAUCCUGGGGACAUUCAUCGCUGGGCGCUACACACCUAUCUCAUUCUUAGGAGGCUAUCCCUUCUGGGGAGGUAUCUUGUUCAUCAUUGCAGGAUCCCUCUCAGUGGCAUCAGAAGAGCUACCAAGAUCUUCUUGCCUGCUGAAUGGCAGCCUGGGCUUGAACAUCAUCAGUGCAAUCUGUUCUGUGGUUGGAAUCCUGCUGUUCAUCACAGAGCUGAUUGUCAACCCCUUGGGUUAUUACCAUUCCAACGACAUUUACUGGGGUUUGGUCCCUGGAAUAAUUACUACUGUCGUGCUGCUCAUCUUUAGCCUCCUGGAGUUCUGCAUUGCCUGCACGGCUGCCCAUUUUGGCUUCCAACUACUCCGCCAGGCACAGAACAGAGGACCGGUAGUCUUCCAAACCGUCUACGCCAAUGCAGGACCGAUGAACGUGCCACCAUAUCAUGUCAAUGUGGUCCAGGCCUCCGGAUAA